AUGACCCAAGCGCUGCAGAUAAAUCUUGAAUACAACACCGACGUCCUCUGCCAGAACACCGAUAGCGGCCUCCCGGUUACAGAAAGGGAAUCUCGUCGGCGGCUGAUGUGGAGCUGCUAUAUAAUGGAUGCCCUUGUUGGCAGCGGAGUAGACCAGCUGAUGCUAAUGGAUGAAAGAGAUAUCAAGAUUCAACUUCCAUGCAACGAGCGAAACUUUACUCAGCAAGUCCCCUGCCUCACAGAGACUUUAUAUCCUGGAAGUUGGCUCAAAAUCCUACAUGAGGAUAUAGAUACAAAGACUCUGUUGCCCAACAUGGGAAUAAUGGCAUAUUUCAUUCGACAGAUCUCAAUCCGCAAAAGGGUGUUAAGAUACAUCAAGCAUUUAGGAGACGCUAUGGUUCCAUGGGACCCUACAUCCGAAUUUGCGCAUUUGGAUUCAGAUUGCCGGGCAUGGUAUGACUCUCUACCCGCAAGUCUACACUUCACACCCGACUCGAUAUAUAUUCGCAAAGAGACUUCUCAAUUAGGCGCCCUGUGGGCUCCUGCGCUUUACAAACUCCGAGCCGCCUUCGACUUCCCCCCAGAACAAGCGGAAUUCCUUCGGCAUUUGCAACAAGUUCUCUUUGAUUCCGCUCGGACUUUAGCAACCAUUGUUGGUCAGACGGCUGCGCGUGGUCCUAAAAUGUUGGCAGACUCAUGGCUUCCAACCAUCGUGUAUGACAGUUGCCGGAUCAUGGUAUAUCAUUUGACUCACAUCCUAGAUCCGCGGUUGGAGAAUGCAAAGACUCUUGUUUUGGCUGCAAUUCCUCUCCUCCGCAGUAAUAUCAGGGCACUAAAGUCAAUGGGAUCACUCAAUGCAAUCGCCAGUUCACUGGCCUCGGCAGCAGAAACAAUGCUUGCUCGCUCUGGUAUUGAGUCCCAGGUUGUCACUCGCAACAUUAUACCUGAUGACCCGUAUCAGUCAGCUGAUGAGGAAGACACAAGUAGCAACCUUCGAGAAACUCCAGUUCAAAGUGCGCCGGAUUACGUUCUGAAUCCGCUCACUAUUUUCCGAAUGGCACGCAAAUCUAUCCCAGAGCGACAUGCCCCCGAAAAGGCGGGCACUACGUCCGCAUCUAAUAGUGUUAUCCCCGAAAAUAGCGUCGAUAUUGAUCAUUCCCCUUGCGAAGUUGUUAGUGAAUCCGGGGCAGACAAUGGUGCAGUCGAGUUAGAAGUUGAGCAGCCGAGCCUUGAGGAGCUACAGAACUUAUUCAUGUCUGACCUUGGAUGGGCAUGGCAGCCGGCAGACACGGCAGUUGGGUCGGGAACUGAGGGAGCUGGCCUGUUGCCAUGGGCAGGUGGAUAUCCUGUUACUCAGCCACAACCCUGGUUGCCCGUAUUUCCAUUUCCCCAGCAAAGCUGA